AUGUCUUCUGAUAUCAUCCUCUACACUUGGUCCACUGCAAACGGCAUCAAGCCCUCUAUCACCCUGGAGGAGCUUGGUCUACCCUACAAGUUUGAGCCAAUCGAUAUUGGAGUCAAUAUCCAGAAUGAGGAGUGGUUCUUGAAGAUUAGCCCGAAUGUUCGUAUCCCGGCACUCGUCGACGGCUCACAGCGUGUUUUUGAGAGCGGCUCUAUCAUGCUUUAUCUCGCUGACAUCUCGCCGACAAAUACGACACCGAUCGUGGCAUUGGUCCUAUGCAGGUCGCCAAUAUCCGCUCCUGACUACAGUAUUAAGCGGUUCCUUGAUGAGACUAAGCGCCUUUACUCGGUCCUGGAAUUCCGUCUAAAGGAAAGCCUAUACCUUGCAGGUUCAAAGUACACAAUUGCCGAUAUCGCCAGCUAUACUUGGGUCCGCCAUGGUCCUGCACUACUGGAGAUCGAUCUGUCUGAGUUCCCGGCUCUCGAAAAGUGGGUCGAUGAGAUCGGGAAGAGGCCUGCGGUGCAGCAGGGCGCAGAUGUACCUCAUGUUGACCGUACAAACGAGCAAAAGGAGUUGUUCCAAAGCGCUCGCGCUAAGAUUGAUGGAAUGACCAACUCCGAUAAGCAUUAA